AUGUCUCCACUGACAGCCAUUUCCUCCAUCGUCAACUCCAAGUACUGCGCCAAGUUCCCGAUACCAAGAAACCGAAGUGACCUCUCGGGCCACAUCUACAUUGUCACGGGUGCAAAUUUCGGGCUGGGCACGGAGUCAUAUCGGCAUAUAUAUCACCUCGGCGUCAGAAAGCUGAGCAUGGCCGUGCCCAACGAUGAGAAAUGUGAAGUGGCCAAAGCGGGGCUCCCUGCAUUCAAGCCUGUGUCCAAGAUUGCAAUCGAGGUCUGGUAUCUGGACAUGGACAGCUAUGAGUUUAUAAAAACAAUCGCCAACUGCUCUUUGAGCCUGCCUCGUAUCGACGGUGUUUUGGCCAACGCUGGCAUAAUGAUGACAAAGUUCGGUCUGAGCGAGGAACUGGGAGGAUGCUCGAUAUGA